AGUAAUAUCCAUGUCAAUUACCUAGCAAGUGUCAAACACCCAGGCUUGAGUAUUUCUUUACAAGUGCAAUAUUUAAUUGCAAGAGUCAAUCGAACAGUGCAACAAGCUAUGAAUUCUCUGGUCACUACUAUGCAUGAUCUUGAAUCGUGUAUCAAUGCAUGCACAGCACUAAUGAACGAUCCUGGGUUGGUUAAAUUGCAAGCAACAGAAAAGACUGAGAUUACCAGAGAGUUGCAAUACUUGAGAUGGUUCCUAGGUUAUUUAGUAUUGCUCCAGGAAGAAGAAUACGAUAUUAAGACUAAUACUUUACUGAAACUAUUUGAAUAUUUGUAUCAGUUUGUGAAUGAUCUAGUGAAUGGAACAAGCUAUGAAGAUGCGGUUGAACUAUUGACAAGGUCAAUUCAAUGUAUAGUAGGAUUACUAAUCCGAGCUAAGGAGAACGAUACAGAGAUUUCCAUUAUGGAAUAUGGGACAUUCAAACCUAGUGUGUUCUUAUCAGAAUAUAUCAUUCCUCGAGUCAAUAAACUUAUCGAUUUUCUAGACAGCAAGCUAGCCCACAAAAUGAGAUUAACCAAACUAGCCAAAUUAUGGAAGUUCCAUCUUACAUUUAUUGGUAACAAUAGCAAGGCAGUAAAUUACGCCAAGAUUCAUGCCCAAGUGCCUGGAUUCCAAGACAAGUGUCCUGUAAUACACGAAGAGCAAGAGACUAGUAAUAUACCUAUCAAACAAGAAUUUACAAGAUGCCCAAUUUCCCAAAUCACCUCACCUCAAGAUUUGGAAAUUGAAAAGCCAAGAAAACGGAAAUGUCCCUUUGAUCAUCAAAGUGUCAGGUCCAGUCCUGCACCAUUUACCGAGAGUAAUUUACGAGGUGACAAGUGUCCAUAUGUUCCUCCUCCUCCAUCUGCAUCUACACGUACUACAUCUCCUCUAAGACCGAUUGCUCCUGCUAUUCCCACACAACUACCACAACUAUCACCACCACCACCACCACCACCACCCUCUCCUCCUGCACGUACCCCUUCUGCUUCUGCGGCUGGUCGUGCUCCUGCUCCACGUGCAAAUCCUCCCGUAAUUAUUCAACCAGUGGUGCCGGCUGUGCCAGAAUCACCGAAUGAAGUAAUGAUUGUAAAUAAUGAGUUUGAAGACAUGUUUGAUUUUUCUCAAUUUGCUGACUUAGAUUUGGAUUUUUUGAUAAAUGAGAAUUUUACCGAAGUUAUUUAGAAAUACUAGUUACAUUAGUC